AUCUUUGUGUUUGUUUGGGUGUUGACAUGUGACGUAGUGUGUUUACAUCACGUUACUGAUAAAUGUGUAAUUAUUUUACAAUAUGUGUAAUUUUUACAAAUAAUUUAAAUCUUUUAUGAAUGUGUGGUAAAAAUGGGCUGUGCUUGUUCAAGAACGAAAAUUGCCGUCGGUGGAAAGACGUACACUGUCCAAGAACAUUUGGCAGACGGUGGGUUUAGUUCAAUUUAUCUUGUCCAAGACAGUAAAUCACACAGAUUGUGUGUUUUGAAGAAGAUUGUCUGCCAUGCGAAAGAAGAUCAAAUGAAAGCAUUGCAGGAGGUUGCAUAUUAUGGACUCAUUAAGCAUCCUAAUGUUAUUGAAUGUUUAGAUUCUGGUGUGUCUGGUGAAGCUGAUGCUUUUUCUAAUUAUACCAGUGAAGUUUACAUUUUAUUACCGUAUUAUAAGAGAGGAACUCUGGCAGAUGAACUUUUGCGGCGAAGUAGAAAUUGUGAUCAUCUUCCAGCCAUGGAUGUUCUAACAAUGUUCCUGCAAAUUUGUGAAGGUGUCAAGGCAUUCCAUGAAGCAUUGCCAGAGCCUUUAGCUCAUCGGGACCUGAAGACUGCCAACAUACUUAUUGGAGAAGGCAACAGACCUAUUAUUAUGGAUUUAGGUUCCAUGAGCACAGCCCGAAUUAAAAUAUGUGGAAGUUCAGAAGCCCAGAAACUUCAGGACACUGCCGGGGAAAUGUGCUCCAUGCCGUAUCGGGCACCAGAACUUUUCAAUGUUGAGAGCUAUUGUAUGGUGGAUGAGCGCACAGAUAUAUGGUCCUUGGGAUGUGUGCUGUAUGCCAUGUGCUUUUUCAAAUCACCAUUUGAUGUUGUUUAUGAACGUGGAGAUAGUGUGGCAUUAGCGGUGAUAAGUGGUACAGUGUCAUUUCCAGACAGUUCUCCUUAUGAUCAGGAUCUGCAUGACCUGAUUCUGUACAUGCUGAAAGUGAAUCCUAUGGAACGCCCAUAUAUCUAUAGUGUUAUUGAAAAAACACAUGAUGUCAUUUCAAAACUGCAGUGUGUCGCAUAAGAGCUUGUCCAGUAUGUGCAUGGAAGCACAUAUAAAACUGCAAUGCAUUUACUGUGAUACUUAUUUGUGCAAAAGAUGUACAUAUGAGAAUGUGAUGAUAAAAUCACACUCUUUGAGUGUGUGAGUUGACAUACUACAAGCAACAACUCACUCUGAGUUAUUGUUUUUAUAUUUGGUGUAAUUUGUUCAGAGAGUGAAGACUACUGUUUUAGAUAUUUUAAUAUUAUAGAAUUCAAUUUAAGUAUUUCAUAUGAAGUAU